AUGGCCGAGAGAUCAGCAACACCGCCGCCUCCUCGCUCUCCAAGCCCGGAGUUUCCGGAAGAAAAGGAUGACUAUAUUCGGGGAGAAACGACCGACGAACUGAUUCCCAUAAAGAAGGUGACAGGGGUCAUGUUCAUCGACGGAUCGCUGUACUUCUAUGUGGAGUGGGAGAACGAGGAUGAAGGUAAUGGUUGGCAGCCGGCAAGAAAUUUCGGGGAGAACUUCCUCGAACAUUUCCACAUAAUGGAGUUCCGCGAGAACAACAAAAAUUUGUUCAAGAGGGAGUAUAAAAAAUACCUGAAAGAGAAAGAAGAGUUCCACGACAAUUCGGAGGACUCGGACUUCGAUUUCGACAUCGCUACAAAGGUCAAGAAGGACCCGAAAGAAGUGGCCAAGGCGGCCAAGAAAAAGGCUGAAAAGAAGAAGGCGAAAGCUGAAAAGAAAAAAGCUGAGGCUGAAAAGAAAAAGGCCAAGGCCGAGAAGAAGAAGAAGAAGAAGAGUGAUGACAGGAAGAAGAAUGAGAAGAGAAUGAAGAUGCCCAUUCUCCCAAAGGGAAAGAAGUGGAACAAUCUCGCCAGAAGAGUGAUUCUUGAGUCCAUUCCACCGAUAUUCUCAACUGUCUUCUGA